AAGUGUUCUUUCUCAACCGCCGUGCUCUUACAGUGAAAUGCAGAGGAAUAAAUUCAACAUAGACUGAAAGUUAUACGUUAUUGCCUUGUGGACUAUUAUCAUCUGAUACGUGACUGUUUACUCGUGAGAGAAAUAUUAAGGUUGGAUUUGUUUCCUCCCCCUCUGCUGCUCCUUAGUGUGGGUCCUCCGUCUCUCUCGCAUUAGCGCCUUUCUGCUGCUGCAGUAUGAACGGACACAGGCGGACCGAUUUAGUACACGCGUAUAUCUCGGUUAAAAUGUUUGGCGCUUGAUUGGGAUUUUGGGAACGACUUCAAGACGGACACGUGGAAUAAUAAAUAAUGUCACUGCUUUGAAAUUCGUUCUUGGGAAGUGCACAGGCAAAAGCGUGUGCUUGUUUAUUAUUGGAUCUAUGAAAUAAAGGAUGAAAAUGACCUAUGGCGGAAGUUGAAUCGCAAACAGAGAGACUCUGAGUAAGCUGGACGAAGCCUGUCCCAUAAUCCCCGCUCGUCGGGUCAAGGGACCAUGGGAGAUGGAGGCGUCAAUGCGGUGGGAGAAGGGGUGAAUCAGUCCCAUGUGCUCUUUGACCGCUUCGUCCAGGCCACCACCUGCAAAGGCACUCUCAAGGCUUUUCAAGAGCUUUGUGACUUCCUGGAACUCAAGCCCAAUGAAUACCGUGUGUUCUACCACAAACUCAAGUCCAAGCUCAACUACUGGAAAGCCAAAGCUCUCUGGGCCAAGUUAGACAAGCGCGCCAGCCACAAAGAAUACAAAAAAGGAAGGGCCUGUGCCAACACCAAAUGUCUGAUCAUUGGAGCUGGACCAUGUGGUUUGCGUACAGCCAUAGAGCUGGGCUUCCUUGGAGCCAAGGUGGUUUUGUUGGAAAAGAGGGAUGCAUUCUCCCGAAACAAUGUGCUCCAUCUUUGGCCUUUCACCAUUCAGGAUCUGAGGGGUCUUGGAGCCAAGAAGUUCUACGGCAAGUUUUGUGCUGGAGCCAUCGACCAUAUCAGUAUUCGUCAGUUGCAGCUGAUGCUCUUGAAGGUAGCUCUUCUCCUUGGCAUCGAGAUUCACGUCAACGUGGAGUUCAAAGGCCUCGUUGAGCCACCAGAAGACCAAGAGAAUGAGAGAAUUGGGUGGAGAGCCGAGGUCCACCCCAGAACACAUCCAGUCAAUGAGCUAGAGUUCGACGUCAUAAUUGGGGCUGAUGGGAGGAGAAACACGCUGUCAGGUUUCAGGAGGAAGGAGUUUAGGGGCAAAUUGGCUAUUGCUAUCACAGCUAACUUCAUUAACCGCAACACAACUGCAGAAGCAAAGGUGGAGGAGAUCAGUGGAGUAGCCUUCAUCUUCAACCAGAAGUUCUUCCAGGACCUUAGAGAAGCCACAGGAAUUGACCUGGAAAACAUUGUCUACUAUAAGGAUGACACACACUACUUUGUAAUGACUGCCAAAAAGCAGAGCCUGCUGGAGAAGGGCGUCAUUCUACAUCUUCCUAAGCUGGACUUUGCCAUCAACCAUUACGGCCAGCCUGACGUCGCCAUGUUUGACUUCACAUGUAUGUACGCCUCAGAGAACGCAGCGCUCGUCCGCCAGCGCAACGCCCAUAAGCUACUAGUAGCCCUGGUGGGGGACAGCCUUCUAGAGCCAUUCUGGCCGAUGGGCACUGGAAUAGCAAGAGGCUUCUUGGCAGCCAUGGAUGCAGCGUGGAUGGUGCGGAGUUGGGCUCAUGGAAGCUCCCCUUUGGAGGUGCUGGCUGAACGGGAAAGUAUCUAUCGACUGCUGCCUCAGACGACACCAGAGAAUGUGAGCAAGAACUUUAGCCAGUACAGCGUGGACCCGACUACACGGUACCCCAACAUCAGCCUUCACAAAGUGAGACCCAACCAGGUACGGCAUCUGUUAGACACCGGAGAAACCAGGGAUUUGCGGGUCGACAUGGAGAAUGUGGUCAACUCAUCAACUCCUAAACUCAAAAGAAAUGAAAUUCUGCUUGAGAAGCAAUUGCAAGAGUCCAUCGUGCGCUCCAGUAAGCUGCUGAACUGGUGUCAAAGACAGACGGAGGGAUACAGAGGUGUCAGCGUGUCUGAUCUCACCAUGUCCUGGAAGAGCGGCUUGGCCCUGUGUGCGCUCAUCCACCGAUACAGACCAGACCUCAUUAACUUUGACUCGUUGGAUGAGAAAGACAUGGAGAAGAACAACCAGUUGGGUUUUGACGUGGCCGAAAAAGAGUUUGGGAUUUCUCCCAUCAUGACCGGGAAGGAGAUGUCAGUUGUGGUGGAGCCUGACAAGCUCUCCAUGGUGAUGUACCUCAGCCAGUUCAACGAGAUGUUCAAGGACACUGUGCCACCUGGUGAAAACCACAAUCUGAGCCCUGAGGAGAAGGCGGCGUUGAUUGCCAGCACUAAAUCACCCAUCUCGUUCCUCAGUAAACUGGGUCAAAGCAUCGCUAUCUCCCGCAAACGAAACCCCAAGGAUAAAAAAGAAAAGGAACUGGAUGGUCUGGGGAAAAGACGAAAGACCAGCCAGACUGGACAAUCAGAGGAUGAAGAGUUGCAGAGGGUUAAUCGAGACGACAGGCCCUCUAUAGCUACUGCUCUGGCAGAACGUAAAAUUGACUCGGCUGCAGCAGCGAACAACAACAACAAAGUGAAGUCGAUGGCCACACAGCUGUUAGCGAAGUUUGAGGAGAACGCCCCGACGCAGUCCACCGGUCUCAAACGACAGGGGGACUGCAUGCCCGAUCUGGGGCUCAUACUGACCCCCUCUCCGGCCGCUCCCUCUCUGAAAGAUUCAGUGCGGCUGGCUCCAGUCCCUGCAUGGAGGAAGGCCAGCAGCGGGACUGAGGUCUUGAGGAGCUGCCCUAAGAAAACCAUUCUCCUUUCUUCUUCCUCACCCUCAUCUUCCUCAUUCUCUUCAUCGUUUCUUCCACACGCACAGGGUUCCUUGCGGAAGGAGUUCCCUCAGAAUAUUGGAGGCAGCGAUGUGUGUUUCUUCUGUCGGAAGCGCGUCUAUGUGAUGGAGCGUCUCAGUGCAGAGGGAAAGUUUUUCCAUCGCAGCUGCUUCAAGUGCGACUACUGUGGCACCACCCUCCGGCUGUCCUCCUAUGCCUUCGAUGUUGAGGAUGGGAAGUUUUACUGUAAACCACACUACUGCUACCGGCUUUCUGGUCUAGCACAGAGAAAACGGCCUGCGCCUGCUGCUGCUGCUCCCGUAAACCCCAAGGAGCCCCAGGUGUUGGCGGUAACCCCCAACACAGUGGAUGCCCCAGGCCAAGCCAUAACUUCUCAGGCCCCUGUGGAACGCCAGCCAUCAGUGACAGAGGUGAACGGGGUUACAGAGCCCAGCGUGGCCAAACGUCUUAAAGGGACUCCUGAGAGGAUCGAGCUGGAGAACUACCGUCUAUCUAUGAUGAGAGAGGAGGAGCUGCAGGAGGUGCCCGAGGAGACGCUGGCUGAGCACAACCUCAGCAGUGUGCUGGACAAAGCCACCGACAUCGAGGAGGGAUCCAGCAGCUCAGAGUCUGAUAUGGAGGAAGAGGAUGAAGAACCGGAAGCUGCCGGCCCGUCUGAUCUGGGUGGGGUUCCCUGGAAAGAGGCGGUGGAGCUCCACACUAAACUAAAGGGAGGAAGCGACCCUGGAGCAGCAGAAGAUGAUGAUCGCCUUCAUGACGGAGAUGGAGAGAUGGACGAGGAUGAAGAGGAGGAAGAUGAAGACGAGGAGGAGGAAGAAGAGGAAUCGAGUGAUGCGGAAGAGUAUUUCCCCUGGGACAGGGAGCUUCAGGCAGGUCUUUGGUUGGAGAAUCUCACAAAUGAAGAGGAUACGGGUAUAUUUAAAGCUAGGAACCUGCAAAUCCAGCAAGCCAUACAUCCAGUAGACCCUCUAGACAUCCAGAUGGACAACCACUGGACAUCCAAACAAGCUGAGGGGCUGGUUGAGGGCCACUCGAUGUCACCCUUAGGCUCUCAGCCCUCGCUGAACAACACCCAGCUCACACAGCCCACCUCCUCCACAGCCCCCUCCCACAAAGCCAUGCGUCAUGAGACUGUCAGAGCCUGGUUGGACUCGAUGUCUGGAGAGCCCUGUGAAGAGGAUGAUGACCCAGAAGCAGAAGCAAGCAGUCCUGACUUUGAGCCAGGCACUGAAAUAGAUCAAGAGGACAUUCCCUCAGAUGCAGAGGCUGAAGCUCGUUCAAGUUGCAUAGAUGAAGUGGUGACGCUUCCAGUGGAUAAUGGCAAAGCAGAGAGCCAGGGACAUGUUUCUAACACUGAGAAAACAUCUGCAAAUCCAAGGGAAUUGAUUGUGAACGUUGUGCUGUCUCCAACCCAAAAACCUGCUUUACCCAUUGAAGAGGUGAAAGAAGUUUCUCCUGUUAUUCUAGUUAAAUCUCCUGGUGCACGGUUUUUCCCUGAGCCCUAUCUACCUGAUAAUGUCAAACCGAAAAUUCCCCUUGAUGCUAAAAAUCCCCAUUCUCCUGUUGCUCAAAUUGUUGCGCUAUCGCCCAUCUGUUCCCAACCUGUUUCACAACCAGAGACAGCGAAUCCCAAAUCUCCUGUCCAGCCCGAGCCUUGUGCCUGCUCUCCAACAGGUAAUCCUUUAUCUCCAAUAUGUACCCAGUCACAACCCUGCCACGAGCCACCCUCACCCCUCUCCACAAGCUCCCCUGUCAGGACUCAGCCAGUCCCAGCAGUCACUUCCACUCCUUUGGCUAAACCUGCUUCUGAGAAGAGAACCAAUGAACCCUUGAAAGAUUCAGUGCCUGAGGAAACCCCCGUCAGGAAAACAGACCUCAUUGAGGAGUUCUGGUUGAAGAGUGCAGAGAUCAGAAAGAGUUUAGGACUCACUCCACUGGAACGAAGCAAAACGACAGUGGAGAAGAGCAUUGUGAAAACUCCAACGUCUGAAUCAUCAUCUCCAAAGUCUUACACCCCAGAGGACUUUUCUGAAGAGCAGAAGCCUACUUUCACAGGCCGUUCUAUCAUACGCAGAAUUAACAUUACCUUGGAGGGUCAGGUUAUAUCUCCGGUGGAACCUAAGAGUAAUAGUUCUGAGAAGAAAGACUUGAGCAGCAGUUCUGGGUUGGGUCUUAAUGGAAGCGUGACUACCAGUCAGACAGCAGCUAGUGACAGCUACAACAACUCUGAUUCUACCAUGCUAACCCCUCCUUCCAGUCCCCCACCACCUCCACCUAAUGAGAAGCCAGCUUCGCUCCAAAACAAAAGGCCUCAGGUGUCCUGGGACAACCUCCUUGAAGCCACAGAGGAACCUAAACCUGAGACUACACCCCCUAAACCGAAGACUCCAGUUAGUCCUCCUCAACCAAAACCAGUUACGGCUCCAGUUCCAGACCCUAGAACUAACCCACCUGUUGUUAUGAGGGUAAAGGAACCGAAUAAACCACGCUGUGAAGAAGUGAGAAAGUCUUUUGUGGAGUGUGUAGAUGAGAUCCCAUUUGCUGAUGACGUUGAAGACACGUACGAUGACCGCACUCCAGACACAAGUGGUCUGGAAAAAUUUUCCACCCCGCCAACCAGCAAGGUCAACCGGGAGAAACCGCCUUUGCACUUGGCGCUGGCAAUGGAAAAUGGCAAGCCCAAUGUACCUGGUGGAGUUUCCCGGACAGCAAAGGGUCCCCAAGAUUUUUCUCCAGAAGCCAAGGAGAUCGCAGAAGAGCGAAUGAGGGCACGGGAAAAGUCUGUGAAGAGCCAAGCUCUAAAGGACGCCAUGGCCAAGCAGCUUACUAAGAUGAAAGAAUCAGAUGCUGCCAAGGGUGCUGUGGCAAAAGUAGCCUGGAAUGUUCCUGAGACAACAGGGAAAAACAAAAAGCAAUCAAACACACCCAAGGACUCUGCAGUGAAGGCUUUGGAGUCCAAAAAGCAGACAGACACACUACCUGACCGUUUCUUCACCACACCAACCAGUAAGAACUUGGACAGUUCUGUCACAUCUUCAGAAAGCUCAACAGGGGGCAAAAGCAAGAAGCGCAGCUCACUGUUUUCUCCACGCAAGAACAAAAAGGAAAAGAAAGCCAAAAAUGAAAGGCUCUCUGGCACAGAAGAGACUCCACCCAAACACAAGUCCCUGUGGAAGACGGUGUUCUCUGGUUACAAGAAGGACAAAAAGAAGAAAGACGGCAAGUCAUGCCCAAGCACACCUUCAAGCUCUACAACUGCAGACUCAGGGAAGAAGAAAGAAUCACCACUGGACAGGUCCUCAGAUUUACGUCUGAGGAGAAAUCUCAGCUUUUCUGAGGACUCUGAUCUCUCCUGUGACGAUGUUCUGGAAAGAUCCUCUCAGAAGUCCAAGGGUGAUCGCCAUGUGGACCUGUUUGACUUGGUAUCAGAUUUUAAAAAAGAGGCAAUUAAAGAGGAGAAAUCCAAAGAGAAGGAUAAGGACAGGGUGAAGGAAAAAGGAAAAAGAGUAACAGAGAAGGGCAAGGAAAGGUCAAAAGAGAAGGAGAAUGAAAGAAGAGUCAAAGAAAAGAUUGUGAAAAUGAAGGAUGUGCAACAGGAGAAAGGAAAAGAGGAAGAGUCUGUUUAUGUACCUCAUGCAUUGGCGUUCAAGAGAUCGUAUGCCACAAAGAAAACAUACACAGAGGAGGAACUCAAUGCCAAGUUGACAAGAAGAGUACAGAAAGCUGCACGGAGGCAGGCCAAGCAAGAGGAGCUCAAGAGACUCCACAGAGCCCAGAUCAUUCAGAGGCAGCUGGAGCAGGUGGAAGAGAAACAGAGGCAGUUAGAGGAGAGAGGUGUCGCUGUGGAAAAGGCAUUGCGAGGGGAAGCAGGGUUGUAUAAAGGUUCUAGUGUUAGUCCAAAACAGCGUAAGAGGCGCUCAGACUAUUGGGGAGAGUCUAAUUACAGUGAGAUCCUGGAUUUGCAUCUGGGCGGAAUGGGUAAAAAGGACGAUCCAAAGCUGAUGCAGGAAUGGUUUAAACUGGUCCAGGAGAAGAAUGCCUUGGUGCGCUAUGAAUCGGAGCUGAUGAUAUUUGCUCGUGAGCUGGAGUUGGAGGACAGACAGAGUCGACUGCAACAGGAACUGCGAGAACGCAUGGCAGUAGAUGACCAUCUGAAGACCGAGGAGGAACUUGCGGAGGAGAAACAGAUUCUGAAUGAGAUGUUGGAGGUAGUCGAGCAAAGAGAUUCUCUGGUGGCCCUGCUGGAUGAGCAGAGACUCAGGGAGAAAGAAGAGGAUAAAGACCUGGAGGCGGUGAUGCUCUCUAAGGGUUUCAACCUCAACUGGGCUUAGCAUAACAAUGACGAAACGCUUCUGACCGCCAGCGAUUCCCAGUUUCACUGCAGGGAGUGUAAAAAAUUGCAGAAAGAAUCGGUCUGUCUCCCCCGUCGAUUUUAUUGGGCAUGUCAACAACGUUUACAAAUCCACUCAUGAGCACUAUGAUGUUUACGAGUUCUCCUGGCACGACUCAGGGCGUUUUGUCCCUCGGCAGCCAAGGCAUUGGUUCUGUGCAAGACGUUCUCUCAUUCAGAAUGGGAGAAUGCGUCAAUUUACAGAUAUAUUUUUAUUUAAUUUUUUUUUUGGGACUUGAAAAGGGACAUAUCAAUCCUGCUGACGUUGAGGAAGUCUGAGACUAAUGAUCCUACAAAAAGCCAGUCUUGUUUUUCAGAGAACGUCUGGUCAAACAACUGUUACGUUUUCAUGGGCGAGAGACGUUUGGACUUGAUUUCCUAUAAUGCGUUUUCUACCUUGACUACUGACUGAAAAAGUACAGCUGUUUUCUCUCGCUUCGCACUCCUCUCCUGUUUAAUAUAACACACUAUAAGCUUCAGACCUCCAUGCAACAGAUGAAUGAAGUCUUCAGGUGUGGUUCACAGAUAAGCAUGUGAUGGACUUCUGUAAUUGACACAGACACCCAUCAGUGACCGACACGUGUUGUGUUUGUAGCAUCGACAAUUGUACAAUUUUCAAAUCUGUCAGUAGCCACCUGAUAUUAGAGAUAUUGGUGUACGCUGGGAGCGCAACUGUCUCGAUGUUACGUACUUCACUGAUGUUGGUUUCCAUUUGUCUUGAAUGGCGUUACCACACAUAUAUCCUAAAAUCAGUUUACAAUCAUUUAUAAUCCAUGAUGAAUAUCUGAUACUUGUACUAUAGUUUACAUAAAGCAGUGGAGUAUAUAUUCAUACAUAAACUUCCUCAGUGCAUAUAGAAUAUACAUAUACACCCAAUAUGCAUUGAUAUACAAUCAAAUGCAUUAUGCAUUUUGUUGGUUGGUCAGUGGUUUCAAGAACAGUUAAGGCACCCACAGCUUUUCUGACUUUAUUUAGCAUCAAAUCAGAUGGAGAAAUGGUGCCCAAUUUCCCAUUUAAUUAUCUGCCACCAAGGUUUGGUGUCGUACUUUCCACUUCCUCCAGAUUUGGAGCAACAUGCAUUUUUUAACUUCUCAUGCAACAGCUCUUCACAUCCACAGAGUUUUCUUAUCUUUGCAGAGUGUGUUAUUUAUAAUUGUCUUUGUCAAGUU